AUGCGCAUCACGGCCCUGUAUGCCGCACUGCUCACCCCGCUCUUCGUCCUGCUGUCGGCCCGCGUGAUCCAAGGCCGACGCAGCAACAAAGCCGCCAUGGGUGACGCGGGCGACAAGGCGCUGCGUCGGCGGAUCCGCGUCCACGCCAACUUCACCGAGUACGUGCCGUUUGCUCUGGUCCUGAUCGGCUGCGCAGAGAGCCUGCAGACGCCGUCGCUGCUGGUCCACACGCUCGGUCUGGCCCUGCUGACCAGUCGCGUGCUGCACUCCUACGGCAUGUCGCAGGAGCGAGAGAAUUUCAACUUCCGCGUCGCCGGCAUGGCGAUGACGUUCGCUACGCUGAGCACCGCCGCCCUGACCUGCUUUGUCGGUGCGCUGCUGUGA